UUGCCAACUACUCUUUUAUCUCUUUCCUCUUUCUGGUUAAGGUCGAUGAGCUACAUGAGGCCGUCCUCGUUUUGCUUAAUGGAACACUGUUGGUUUUGUGUUCUUCUGGGUUUAGACACCAGAGACUACUUACCCUUAUCUCAUACACACAGAGAUUUCAACGAUUCCAGCAAAUCCCUGGUUUCAGUGAUGACUGUUAGGGUAUGCUGGUUCUGCAGAUUUUAUAUUAUGGUGUCUUGUUUGACAUCAAGAACAAUGGAGGCCUGUUUCCGGAGAAGCUGCCACGAUUUUGAGUUUAGCGGUCAAUCUUCACCAGCAGGUACAGGAGCCCUCGUUAACCAGAAAGUUUCCAACCUCAAUAAGGCUCCGAUCAAUAGUACCGGAAGCGAGUCAAUUAGCAGGAAAGACUUUCCGGCUGAUUUCAAAUUCGGUUGCGCCACUUCUGCUUUGCAGACAGAAGGAUCCGGAACUGAAGGUGGGAGAGGACCAUCAACAUGGGAUAGUUACAUACAAGAUAGCACUCCAGGGAUAAAAUUUGCAGUUGAUUCGUACCACCGAUAUAAGGAGGACGUGCAACUGCUCAAGGCAAUGGGAGUGGAUACUUAUAGAUUCUCCAUAUCUUGGUCAAGAAUUCUCCCUGGGGGAACCAUAGACGAGGGAAUAAACAAGGAGGGUAUCAACUUCUAUAACAACUUCAUCAAUGACCUAAUUGCGAAUGGGAUAACUCCAUUUGCCACAUUGUUCCACUUCGACUUGCCCACAACACUUGACACAAAAUACAACGGUUUCUUAAGCAUUGUCAUCGUGGAUGAUUUUAAAGCCUAUGCGGAUUUAUGUUUCAAAACUUUCGGCGAUCGAGUGAAGCACUGGGCUACUAUCAAUGAGCCACAAGUAUGGGGUCAAUAUGGCUUCACUAACCCAGAUCCAAACGCAAAUGCUGCCACUGAUCCUUUCCUCUCUGCACAUCAUGUCUUAUUGGCUCACGCUGCUGCUGCCAAACUCUACAAAAACACAUACCAGCCAUCACAAGGAGGAGAGAUUGGAAUUCCUCUAGUUGUUGAAUGGUUUGAGCCAUUUGAAGACACAAUGCCAGAUAAAGCUGCAGCUCGUAGAGCGUUUGAUUUCUUAGUCGGAUGGUUUAUGGAGCCACUUUUAUAUGGUGAUUACCCCUUAAUCAUGAAAGCUCUAGUAAAGGGUGGACUUCCAAAUUUCACAAACGAGGAGAAAGAGCUGGUAAAAGGGUCAUACGAUUAUAUUGGGGUGAACUACUAUACUUCCCGGUUCGCAGCUCCAAUAGCAAUAGUGGACGAUGAAGAAAUUUCCGAUUUUGAUCAGUUCCAGCAUGUUAACAUCACAGUGGAUGGACCAGAUGGGGAACCCAUAGGCACUCCAACACCAGGGAGCAGUGAGAUCUACGUUUACCCACAAGGGCUGAAAAAGGCAUUGAUAUUGCUGAAGGAAUACGGCAAUCCCAAAUUUUAGAUUACUGAGAAUGGAUAUCCAGAUAAACGAGAUGACACCAUUCCAAUUUCAACUGCUUUGAUUGACGAUGCUCGAAUUCAUCAUAUAAAGGAUCAUCUCUCUGCAAUUAAAGAGGCCAUGAACACCGGAACAAAUGUGAAGGGCUAUCUGAUGUGGGCAAUGUUGGAUUGCAUGGAGAUGGGGUCGGGUUACCAAGUUCGAUUUGGUCUCAGUUUUACAAAUUAUUGUAACCACUUAAAUCGAACUGCCAAGAAAUCCGCCGGCUGGCUCAAAUCUUUCUUGACUUCCAAUUGAAGGAGUGAAUCGAUCGAGUGAUUAUACCGGUAUACCGAAGCAUAAUUCUCUGUCCAAACUCAAAAUAUGAAAGGAGGCAUCUAUAUAAAAUAGUCCUCCACAGUUCUUGGUAUAGACAUUGAUCUAU